AUCUCCAUAUUGGAAAAAUGGCAACUGUGAGUGUAGGAUGCGGCGACUUUUUAGAGUUUCAGGUAUUUUUUAAGUAAAUGAAAGUAUUGUGUAAAACGUAUUAUUUCAAAUUAUGUACUUCAAUUGUUUUAAUUACAUAUAUUAAAUUGAUGCAUUGAAAAAGAUGCGGCAACUUGAUGACAAAAUCAUUUAUAUGCUAAAUGCUAUACUUCCAACAGAAUCAUUUAAAGGACAAAGUGAUCCUACUACAAAAUGUAAAGAUUUAUAUGAACAAAUUCAAACAGGUCAUAAAUCAAGGGCAUUAGCUAUUACAAGGUGUUUAAAUGCAUCCAAGGAAAAAGUGAACCAAUUAAAAGCUGAAAGAGAUAAUGGCAAUGAUAGUCCUCAACUUCUUAAAGCAUUAAGAAAAGAACAAAAUACUUUACGCUUACUGCAAUCAGAAUUAAACAUAGAAGAAGUUGUAAAAGAUCAUACAGUUGAGGCUUAUUAUAAGAAAUGCCGUGGUUUUUAUAAGCCAUCGACUGAUAUAGAAAUUUAAUCUCGUUAUUGAUUUUGAAAAUACUUUGGCCACUACCUUUUUAUAUGAUUGUAAAUUUAACUACAAAUAUAUUGAAAUGUUGUAAAUAUA